GUACGUGAUGGACGAGUUCGGCAGUGCCUUCCAUCACAACACCUCAGUAACUCAGUACGUGAUGGACGAGUUUGGCAGUGCCUUCCGUCACAGCGACCGACCCAACUUCCGCUGUGCGCCCUUCCUCUUCCUGCCGGAUGGCUCCUUCGCCUCUGCUCUCAGGUGGGGGGGAUGUGUUCUUAGCUACUCCAUCUUGUGGCCGGUGGCAGCAGUGCGGCCGGGGGAGGAGUGCACGAGGGACUAUCUCGCCGGGGUGGGGGAGGAGCACCAACGCUCACCCAAGCUGUGCGUGUGGUUCCACACGCCCUCAAGCGCCUUCCACCAAGCUUAUGAGCAGCGCCUGUGCAGGUUCGCAGCAGCAGCCACAAAGCACGCAGAAGCUACCGCUCUCCUUGCCUCUACUGCAUCCGACAAUAAAGAGGACAAGGGAGGAGAAGGAAAGGCGAGUGAAUCGGCAGACAAACCGGAGAGAACAGAAUUGGAGAAGCGGGUGUAUCGAGUGUUCACGGAUCUGCCCUAUGUCACUGACAACCUCUCCCGCCCCGAGUUUACUUUUGGCGUUUCGAGAGGCAACUGGGUUAAAGGAGAGGAGGAGCAAAGGAGAGCCAACUGGGCGGCUGGAGGUGUGAAUCUUCAUGCACGUGUUAACCCUCUCUCCCAAACAACCCCCAAUCCUCAAACCGCCCCCCCUCCCCCAGUGGACACCCCCAGCGAGGCGGACAUCAUCUGGACGAGCAUGCAGGUGGACGAUGCGUUCAGAGAGGCGGCUGGGCUGAAGGGGAGAAGGGAGAAGGGCGGGCCAGAGCCGCUUGUGAACCAGUUCCCGUUUGAGGCAUGCAUUGUCAUGAAGCAUCACCUGGCGAAGACCAUACAGCAGGUGCGUGGUGGAGACACAGGGAGGGCGGGGAGGGCCAAGUCACACGGCAACACGCGCCCCUGGUUACAAGACAAUUUCGGCUUGUACCCGGAGAGAAGAAACAUUGACAUGGUGCCGUAUGCUCUCCAGGCAUACGGCAACACGCGCCCCUGGCUACAGGACACAUACAACAUGCAGUCGGAGAUGGCAGCGCUGAUAGGGUGCUUUAAGGGGAGGGAGGCGGCAGCUGCUGCUGCUGCAGGGAAGCGGUUGACUGCCAGCUACGGAGGCAAUGAGGCACCUGAGAGUGAUGCAGGCAUGCGAUGGGAACUGGCAGCGCUGAUAGGGUGCUCUCAGCAGAGGGAGGCGGCGGCUUCUGCUGCUGCUGCUGCUGCUGCUGCUGCUGCUGUUGCUACUGCUGCUGCUGCUGCUGCUGCUGCUGCUGGUGGUGGUGGUGGUGGUGGGGGUCAAGUGAUUUGCAGCUAUGAGGACCGUGAGGUGGCUCAGAAGGUAGACCCCAAUCUGGACAACACGUGGAUCUUAAAGCCCUGGAAUCUUGCGCGCAGCAUGGAUGCAACAGUGUCGCGCCACCUGGCGCAGAUCGUACGGCUGGCAGAGACCGGGCCGGAGGUCUGCCAGAAGUACAUCUCCCGCCCCGCGCUCUUCCACGGGCGCAAGUUCGACCUGCGGAAGUGGGUUGGGUGGAAUGCUGCUUGCCUGCUGCCUGCUGAGCUCUUCCACGAGAGGAAGUUUGACCUGCGCUUCCUGCUGCUGCUCAAGCGGCUGAAGCCGCUGGAGGCAUAUUUCUCAAACGUGUUCUGGGUGAGUGGUAUGUCUGGCUGCUGCCUGCUGGUUGGUGGGUGGUUGCUUGAAGCGUCCCACAGCAAGGCAGACACUGGGCCGAAGGAGACGCCGGGCCAAGGCAGGGCAGAGAGCGGCCCCAAGGUCUGUCAGAAGUGCAUCUCCCACCCCGCGCUCUUCCACGGGAGAAAGUUCGACCUGCGCUUCGUGCUGCUGCUCAAGCGGUUGCGGCCCUUGGAGGCUUAUCUCUCCGACGUGUUCUGGGCAGAGGCUAGGCUAAGAGGGAGGCCAGACUCCCUCAAGGUAGAGAGGGGCCCCAAGGUCUGUCAAAAGUACAUCUCCCGCCCCGCGCUCUUCCACGGGCGCAAGUUCGACCUGCGCUUCCUGCUGCUGCUCAAGAAGCUGAGACCCCUUGAGGCGUACCUCUUAGACGUUUUCUGGGCUCGCAUCGCCAACAAAAAGUAUUCGCAAGCAGAGGACUCGCUGUCGGACUUCCAGACACAUUUUACUGUCAUGAACUACAGCAGUCACAAGUACGAGCACGUGCCAACACACGAGUUUGUGCAGGCAUUUGAGCAGGAGCACAGUGGUAUGGAUGGUGAUGACGUGGUAUGGAUGGGUGAUGACGUGGUAGUGACGUGGCAGUCCAUUUACCAAUCAGUGCAGAGAAUGUUACGGGAGCUGCUGGCGGCAGCUGUCACUGUUCAUCCUGAGAUGCAACCAGAUGACGACACCUGUCGAGCAAUCUACGGUGUGGAUGUGAUGCUGGAUGAUCACUUCCAACCCAAGCUUCUAGAGGGCGUUCUUGUCAAGGGUCAGAAGCUUGAGGCGGGUAAAGGAGCUGACUGUGGUGGGAAUGGGGCCGGAGAGGCGGUUGGAGGAGAGGUAAAGAUGGGCGAGGGAGGCGGAACAGGAGGGGGGGGAGAGUGGGGUGGGCGGGCCGGAGAGGGCGUUGGAGGCGAGAUUGAGGAUGGUGAGGGCCUGCUUGUCCUGGCAGAAGGCGGGGAUGGGGCCUGUGGGGUGGGGGACGAACAAGGAGAUAAGAGACGGGUCUUGAUGGGCCUGGCAGAUUUAGGGUUGGGGAUGGCGGGGGCUUGA